CAUUGGAUGAUAUCGACAUCCUCGCCGAGGCCGCCGGACGACAGCUUUUGAAGGCGAGAAUUGCUAGCGCUUUGAAUAUUUGCUGGCAUGUGUUCUGACCAAGUAGCUUUGUAGGAGAGGAUAAUCUGGUCUCUGCAGCGACGGCACGCAGAUAUGGCGCCCUUCCUGAGGUGCGUUUGCCUGGCGGCGCUGCUGGGUGCGGCGUCGUCAAUGAAGUUCGACUUUACUUCCUUCGACCCGAAGCUUAUUUUAGAUAAGAUAAGGGACACGAUGGAGAUGUUGAUGGGAUUACUUUGGGUGACCGGUGCAUCUCCCCAGUGCGCCAAAAGCCUCAAGCGACUGAUAAGGGACUUGUUCGGCGGCAAGCUCUGGGCUCUUUACGUGGUGGACGCGACGGCCAAGCCGGAGCCGGGCAUCCUGGAGGGCGCCUUCUCGAGCAUCGGGUCACAGACCGAGUGCCUCAAGGCGCACGCCUUUCUCAACAUGAGCGGUAAGGACGCCUUCCAGAGGCCCUGGAACAUCGGCCACGUCCAGGGGAGCUUCUGCAAGAUCCGCUACCGACUUGGACUGCGCGAUAUGCUCGAUGCCAUCGAAGAAGGGCGGGCCUCUGCGAACAUGCUCGACCUUGUCGAUGGCGUGCUCGGAGAAGACCGUUACCUGCUGGGGGAAAUCGAGAACGUUGUGGAAGAUUUCCCCGGAUUCUUUGGAAUGUGCGUGCCAUCAUCCUGCUCGGAAAAGGACCUACAAUCCAUCUUCAAUUUCAUUAUGCCUAUUGUGAAAACCUUCACCAACGUCACCAUAUCGAUUCAAGUCACCGGAUGCAAGACCCGCGAGCAAGUGGAAGCGAUAGAUUGGACUCCAUCCUUUUUCGCAGCCCUAGUGGCGCUUGGACUUAUCCUGUUCUUCGUGGUCAUUGGAUCGCUGCUUUCUCUUCUGGACAACUUGAAGCCCACUCGGAACAGCAGUCAUGUGACGCAGAACAGUUGGGCGGGCGACGUAUUCCGCUGCUUCUCGGCGCCGAGCAACGCGCGCCGCCUGCUCAGCACGGACGACGAGCGCGCCGAGAUGGCCAGCGUCGUCGGCCUGCGUGCCCUCAGCGUCGUCUGGUUCCUCAUGGGCCAUUUCCUGCUCCUGCACUCCAUGAUGCUGACCAAGAACUUGGCCCUGCUAAAGGACAAGAUCAAGGACAUCACCAUACAAUUUAUCGUCAACUUCACCCCUGCCGGAGAUACCAUUAUCUGCUUGCUGGGCCUAAUGAUGGUCUACGUGUGCAAUCGCCGGCUUCGAGAGGAGAACGCCGUGCGGACCAAACGCUACGUGCUCAAGUACCUGCUUCAUCGAGUGAUCAGGCUGGCGCCACUGAUGGUGUUGACCACAGUGCUGGUUGGGCCGAUAUUUGCCCAGCUGGGCCAGGGUCCGACCUGGGAGUACGAAUCCGGACGCAUGGUGGGCCAGUGCCGCAGUAGCUGGUGGCUGAACGUGCUACACAUCAACAACUUCUUUCCCAGGAAGCAACAGUGUCUGGAACACACCUGGUUGUUCGCCCUCGUGAUGCAGUUCACUGUAGCCGGAGCCCUGCUCUUACCUGUAUUCUACCAUCGGCCAGUGGCGGGUCGUGUACUGGCCAUUAGCGGCAUCGUGACAUCCAUGGCGUUGAUCUUCCUCUUCACGCUGCUUCAUGACCUGGGACCGACGUGGUUGUUCCGCGAAUACAAGCCAGGAACGCGCGACACCUACGCGGAAAUGGUUUACGUGCGGCCUUACACAAGAGUCGGCGCAUUUCUCAUGGGAAUGGUGACGGGUGAGCUUCUCUCCCACCGAGCACUUCUCUCCCACAGCAUCCACAAGGGCCUGGUGCUUCUUGGCUGGCUGUGCUGCCUAGGCACCCUGCUGGCCCUCAUCCACGCGCCCUUCAAGUGGAACCGCGGCCUGGAGUUGCCCGGCACCGAGGCGUCAGCCGCGUACGGUGCCUUCUCGCGAGUCCUCUGGGCCGCCUCCAUAUGCUGGGUGGUGAUCGCCUGUGCCCACGGCUACGGUGGCUGGCUGAAUGACCUGCUGUCGCUCAGGUGCUGGCAACCACUGAGCCGUCUCCUCUUCUCACUCUACAUGGUCAGCCCACUUGUGAUCGCCUACUCGAACGGAGUCAGAGAGCACGCCUACUUCCUCUCCUACGACGCCAUGGCUUACGUGCUGCUUCACCACUUCGUGCUCAGCCUGGUAGCCGCGACUGUGCUGUCUUUGUUGCUGGAGCAACCCUUCGUGCGCCUCGAGGCCCUUGUGUCGGAGCGACUAGCCGCAAGGCGCCCGCCGCCUCCAGAACCAAUGGUCCAGGUGCCUCACAUCGAACGCCACUGGCUCGACAAAGGACACGAGAAUCCGGCCUUUGCCAAAGAGAAACUCUGAUCUCACUGCUUACUGGGUUGAAGUUUGCUGGAGCACGGCUACAUUUAAAGCACUUGUACGUCUAGACUGCAUUACACCUACACAUAGAUGCGAGACGUAUAUCCUUUAUUUUUGUCGUCUCCCAGUACACUCACCUAGAGAUAAAAAAUACUAUAAAAAGCAGCAAACGUUUGUUCGAGAAAAUUUUCAUGAUCAGUGCGUUUAGGCACGUUUAAACACUGACUAGGUGGGUAGCAAUUAUUUUAAAAUCGAGUUUACCCUCCUGCACGUGAUGACCACAGACUUUUAAUUUACAAAUCUACACGGCUCAUUGAAGGGCUUGUUCUGAAAAUCUGCUUCUCAGUUAUACAAUGCUCUGUGAGUAUGAUUUGAUGAGAAGAACAAGAUGUGAUUUCAUAACAGGUUAAACGUAAAUGGGUCGUAUGCUAGCUUAUGUACUGCUCUUACAUCAAUAAACCAAGUAUAUGCUAUUCACCUCCAGCGUUUUGUCACGCACGCUGAAAGCUUGAAAUAUUAC